AUGGAGGAACGAGAGGGCAGCGCAGAAGAUGAGCUGAGUCGAUUCGAGUGCGACGUCAAAUCGUCCACUCACCUUUUGGCUGGCCGUGCUAAUAAAUUAGUUCCUUUCGGAUCAAGUCUCUUUCCUCCGGUCCGCAGCCGAAAGCGACACUGUCCAACGAGUCGCUGGAGCCUUGACCUGAGCACAGCGCAGCGCGAGCAUAUCCCUUCUUUUGCUCCUCGAUUUAUCUACUUUCUUUCUUGUGAUUUUGCGGAUUAUCCUGCAAAAAAAUCGCCCUAUUUCCGCCCUGUCGUGUACUGCUGUCACUAUCCUCUUGUUUUCGGGCAGCUACCUUUUAUCUCUUCCGUUCCGUACCCUUCUACAUCUUUACCUCCCUCUCCUCCUCCUGCUCCACCAUUCUCUCCUCGCUGUUCAAAUUUCAAUGCCAGAUGCAUAGGACGCGAUCUGAGCGAUCGUUGUGAGUUCGCAAUGAUCACCUCCCACCCCGGUGCCAUAUCACUUUGCAAAGAUCAUGAACAAAGCGAUCCCGGAGAAGGAAAUACUGUCGAUGGAUUGGAAGAGCUAAAGCCUUCCGGAUAUCGGAUAGAAGAUUCUCCACUCAUCAAGAAAAGGAGCCGAAGAGUCAAACGAUGGAACGCAAACGAACGGGACACUUGUGACAGAGAAAACCUGACCAUGUGACCGAGCCGAAGACUUUCAUCACCUUGGGAUAGGCAAUGGAAGAACUGAACCUGGUGGAUCAAGACCAGCCAAUCCUCCUAUGCUAUCGUGAUCAACAGAACGUGAGGACUGUUUAUUAUCAUCUUGUAUCCUUCCUAACUCGUACGACGACUGAGAUGGACUCCCUUUGAUGAGAACUUCAGCAAACUUCUUCGACAUGGGGAAGACCUCCACUCCAACAUAUCAGAAAUCAGCCUCAAAGGAUAGUGAGGAAAAACAUGUGACGAGAAGAUGGGUGGAGGAGCUGUAAAGAAGAUGGGAAGAUAAAAUUUGGCCUAGAUUUUUGGUACAUUUCGAGAGGACACAAUCGUGCAUAGUAUUUCAUGAUGGUAAAAAGGAGUCAGAGCUAGAGAUAACUCCCUUUCAAAGAGAUCCAGAUAAGACAUGAGGCAAAAAGCGCACUAUCACUGGAAUCCUCAUCCAAUAGCAGCUACACAAUAAGUGAGCCUUGCUGCUGCGACCAACACGAGCACGGUAAGAAUAAACUUUCCACAGGUUCAGAUAAUCUCUUGACAAGGGGGAAAAUGACUAGUCACCGUGGAGCCCAGGACAUGAUCGACCUGCGCCAUGACGCUUUAGGCCGAAACAGUAUGUUGAGCGUCGAAGGAUGACAUGAUGUUGACAUGGGAAGACACUGAGAGAAAUGGGGAACAAAAGACUAUCGAGUGAGUGUUCAAAAGCGAGUAGCGGCACCUUUGUGGAAAGUGCUGAACGAGUCUCAUGGCCCUUGGAUACUGGACUUACUCCCGUCCACUGUGAAAUGACUCCAUAGGCUCUACCGCACCGCAACAUCUGCUGUUCCUGGUUCCAGCCAUCGGCCAUUCAGCAGAAAUAUCUCGCUAUGAUGGAUCGGGUGAGCUCCGGAGUAUGGAUUCUGAG